AUGGCAAGCAGUAUCCCCGCAAAGCUCAAGGCGGCGGGCAUCACGCCGUUCGUGGUGCGCGGUAAUCAGCUUCGAACCGCAAAGCCAGUCGUUUCCUACUGGUGCGACUACUGGGUGGUCAAUCAGAUCUUGGCAAAGCAACUCCAUAACGCCGAUGAGGAAUGCCUUCAGUUCACAACAGCAAUGAUGGACCAGCUGGAGGAGAUGAAAGCAAACAACCAAGGCAACACGGCUAUACUUGACGAUAAUGAGGGCCGCGCAUACGUCGAGCAAUUUGCGCAGGAGACACUCGACCGCGCAAUGCGACCCCUCAAAGCCAACAAGGUCACUCAACAGACGGCAGUUACCUUUGAAGCUGCUGCUACAUUUCUGCAACUGAUCAAUAUCUGGGGGGCGCCGGGAGUCGAGAUUGAAAAGAAGAUCAAGUUCGCCAAGUGGAACGCGGCACGGAUACUGCGCGCGAUCAAGGAGGGCAAAGACCCCAACGAGUCCAACCCGCAGAUUGAGGAGGAAGAGAAAGUUGAUGAGGACGACCCCGAGCUACAAGCAAUCAUGGCCGGUCAGGCACCCAAGGCUGCCACAGUAGAAGAUGCGACAGACGAGGAAGGAAAGGGUUAUUUGAAUCCCAACGCCGCGGCAGCUGGGAGCUCUGCAUACUCGGCUGGGCCCGUCUCGGCACCGACAUCACCACCCCAUGGUACAGCGCCGGCUCCUGAACAAGUAUCACCCAUUACACAACCCACUCCCGAGGGAUACUUUCCUUCAGCGCCGGCAGCAGCCGACGAUGAUCCGCCUCUACAGCUGCCUUCAGCACCUGCUGCUCUGGGUGAUCCAGACGUGAGCAUACCCAGCCCUCCGGCUACGGCGCCAUCGAACCAGAGCCCAACAGACCAAAGCGCGCCGAAUCUCCCGGAUACGCCCCAGGGUUUCUACCGCCCAACACCGUCAGAUCUGUCGACACCCUUCCAGCCACCACAACAGCCACCACCUCCUACCCAGCCAGCGAUGCAGUCACCGCCUCCUGCAUCCUUUUAUCAGCCGCCCCCAGCCCAGCAGCCUGUCAUACCAACAUUCACUGCACCUGCUCCUCAACCCGUGCCCGCAGCUCAGACACCGCAGCUACCACCACCGAUGAAUGUUGUGUACAAUGUCGAUGAUAUGGCGCAAGCGCAGGCACAAAAACAUGCCAAGUGGGCUAUUUCUGCCCUCAACUUUGAGGACGUGCCUACUGCAGUUCGAGAACUGAAAGCAGCCCUAGCUGCUCUAGGUGUGCAAUAG